AUGCAAUUCAAGUCUUUCAUCUUGACGGCCGCCUUCGUGGCCGGCGCCGUUGCCAACCAAAAUGCCGAAUCCGAGCUCCAGUCCUUGACCGCCGAGCAGCUUGGCGCCAUGUCGAAUGAAGAAGCCACAUUCAAGUGCGGCAAACUGUGUGGCAACAUCUGCAAGCGCGAUCUCGGAGAGGUCGAGAAGAUCUCCGAGAACCAGGCCCCGGCUUGCAUCAUCUGCAAGCAUUUCGCCGAGAAGACGUGCGGGCCGCCGCCUGAGCCUCCCAAGCACAAGAAAUGCCGCGAGGGUGAUCGGGAGUGCUGCCGCCGCCGCGGCGGUCGCAACUGCGGCUCUCCCUCGCCGCCUCCGCCGCCUCCCCCUCCUCCGUGCCGCCCCGGCAGGCCCGGCUGUGAUGGUGGCCGACCUCCUCACCCGCAUCCUCACCCGCAUCCCCACCCGCAUCCCCACCCACCGUGCCGCCCAGGCAGCCCCGACUGUGGAGGUGACGAACCCCCGUCGCCGCCUCCGUGCCGCGGUCGUGAUUGCGGAGAUGGAGACGGCCCUUACGAUGACAACUAA